AUGAGCCACAGGAGAUGUGAUGCUAGAACUUGGCAGUCAGGAUCACCUCGUCGCCCAUCCACCUUGAAGAUUGAAACACUGAAGGACUUGCUGGUGCUGGAUUAUUCCCCCGCGCGCCGUGUGGCACGAGCCACUUGUGACAAGCCCUUGCAGCGUUGUGUCAGCACGCCGAACAUUGGCCGCAAGCAAGUCGUUGAAGACGAAGAAGAAGAUCCUGAGGUGAUUUCCUUGGAUGGCUGUGAUCUAUUUCCCAAGCGCACGACAAACGUGACCUUUCAGGAGACAGUGGAAGUGUACCACUUUGAGCCCGUUGAUCCCGAACUUCUGCGGAAGGUCUCGCAGCGGUCCUUGGAAGACCUCACCAUCAACCAACGAGUGGCCGAGAUGGCUCGCAAUCAUGAGAAGAUCGUGGCUACCCUCGCUGACACAGGUUCAUUUGUGUACGGCAUAGCCUCGCAGAAGUGUGCGCGAUCUUCCACGCGAAUGGUGCAGCCAUCAGCGCAACGCUGCGAUCGCCACCAGAAUCGCAGCGGUUAUUUUCCACCUUUGCCACUUCCCAUGAAGCCAGUGGGACCAGAACUUCAGCUGGAGUUUGAAAAGUACAGCCAGUGUGGUUUUGGUGCACUACACAUGGGAUGCCAGAUCGACGACCCAGAGGCGUUAUUGGCCGACCAUGAUGUUGUCUUUGUAGCGACUGGAAGAAACUGGCCAUGUGAUGAGUGGCGUGGAGGACAUGGCUUUGAAGUUUCGCUUGGCCGCUGCGAAGAGGCCCUCAUCUUGAAGUUUGCCUUGCAACCGGGGAACGAGCUGCAAAAGACGGUGCAGGAGGCGCGCAGUGGUGUUGGACGUUUUGAAGUUCCUGGCCAACCGAUGUAUAUCUUGCGGCCUGGGGCAAGUGAGGAUCAGGGCUGGCUUUGGAUCAUGGGUUUGUCUCCGGAUGUCCUGAAUCACAUUCGAAGCUCCAUCGAAAGUGGAUCUGCACAGGACCUGCCAGAUCAGCCGCAAAAGUCCACCUUUGCAUCUUUUCUAGAUAUGUGGAAGAGACGCUCGGCACUCUAG